UUUAACAUAGUUUCUCCCACAUUCAUCGAGAAUAACACCUCAUUACAAACUAACGGAAACAUCCACACAGAACUUCAACAUCGUAUCACCCACUGACAAAACCCAAUCAGAUAGAUCCACCAAAAAUGUGUAUCUCUAUCUGUCACACCCAUACAUGCCCUCACAUCUCGUAUAUUAACCACCCUUGCGAACCCAACGCUUAUGCUCCUACUUGUCCCUAUCGCAAGGAAGAACAGAGGAAUUUGGACAGAAUGUGUGGACGUUGCUUGAUCAAACAAGGAAUCCACCUCGAUAAAGAUAGACUUCAAAAAGCAAAAGAGAGAAGACGAACUGAGGCAGCGGAGAUAAGAGAAGGUACUAUUCUUACUCUUAAAAGAUUGGAACAAGCAAAUGAGCUUGUGGAGGAAGAAAAGAAGGAGAGUAGACAGAGAAGGAGAAGACAUACCACGGGUGGGAUGGGUGAUAUAGGGAAGGGUGAUAAGACAAGAAAAUGUGUUAAUAUGUGAUGGAUCAGUUUUGAGAGGACAAGAUGAAAAGUGUGUAAAGUUAGUUCUGGCCGAGACCGAGAUGUGGUUACCUGGACUAGAUUAAUCAAGAAGAUUCUUUCGUUAAACAAGCUAAUAUAAUAAAUAAUAUUUCCCCAAAGUAUAAAACACUUUAAUCCAGAA